AUGAAGCCCUUCAAGGAAGAGUUCACCUUGGACGAGAGGGCCAAAGAGUCGGCCGCCAUGAUCGCCUCCUUCCCCGAAAGGAUCCCCAUACAUGAUGUUAUUGUUGAGAGGUUUUCAAGAAGUAGUCUUCCAGAAUUAGAGAAGCGCAAGUACCUAGUUCCAUGUGGCAUGCCAAUUGGACAAUUUAUUUUUGUACUUCGUUCAAGGUUGCAUUUGUCUCCAGGAACAGCAUUAUUUGUGUUUGUCAGCAACACGUUGCCCCGUACUGCUCAGCUGAUGGGCAGCGUGUAUGAGUCCUUCAGAGAUGAGGGCGAUGGUUUCAUCUACAUGUGCUACAGCAGCGAGAAGACAUUCGGCUGACCAACUCCGUGGAAAUCUGCUUUCUUGCAUCUGUAUGUGUGGCUCGAUCAUCAAGAUGCAUGUACAUAUACUAGUAUCAUUAGAAAAUGCAAUGAAGUGUUAUACU